AAGAAUUGGGAGCUGAAUUUGCUUUCCUCUUUCAGUUCUUCCAGACACUUCCUGAGAGAAUGGGGGCAGGAGCUCUGACCAUCUGUCAAAGUAAAGCAGCAGUUCGGCUGAAAGAAGACAUGAAAAAGAUAGUGGCAGUGCCAUUCAACGAGCAGAGGGAUUCUACCUGUAGGAAGUUAUUUGGAGUCAGUCUCCAGGAACUCGAGCGGCAGGGUCUCACUGAGAACGGCGUCCCGGCCAUCGUGUGGGACCUCGUGGAGUACCUGACACAGCAUGGACUCACUCAAGAAGGCCUUUUCAGGGUGAACGGCAACAUGAGGGUGGUGGAACAACUUCGCUUGAAGUUCGAGAGUGGAGGGCCCGUGGAGCUGGGGAAGGACGGCAACGUCAGCUCUGCGGCCAGUCUGUUGAAGCUCUUCCUGCGGGAGCUGCCCGACAGCCUGAUCACCUCGGCCCUACAGCCUCGCCUCCUGCGGCUCUUUCAGGAUGGCAGACAUGACGCUCAGGAAAGCAGCUUAAGAGACUUAAUUAAAGAGCUGCCAGACACCCACUACUGCCUCCUCAAGUACCUGUGCCAGUUCUUGACAAAAGUCGCCCAGCAUCACGUGCAGAAUCGCAUGAAUGUUCACAAUCUCGCUACUGUAUUUGGGCCAAAUUGCUUUCAUGUGCCAUCUGGACUCGAAGGCAUGAAAGAACAGGACCUUUGCAACAAAAUAAUGGCAAAAAUCCUAGAAAAUUAUACUACCUUGUUCGAAUUAGAGUAUACAGGAAAUGAUAAUCAGAGAUGUGAAAACCUGGCAAGGCUUAUCAUGGUAAAAGAGGCACGUUGUAAGAACUCCCUACCCAUCAUUUUUACAAAAGGCUUAGAAAGAGACAAGCCAAAACCAUCUCCAAAAUCCAAGAACCUGAAGUCCAGGAGUGAGGGGUCUAUUCAGGCCCACAGGGUACCACAACCAGAUCUAUCUGACGGCAUUCCUCAGGUCAGCCUGUGGCUACGUCGUAGAAAACCCUACUCGGAAGAUGUGAACUCAGCAGAGGACGCAAGUGGUGCCAAGCUGGUAUCCAGUUCACAGGAAGAUGAAAGGCCUAUGUCACCUUUCUAUUUGAGUGCUCACGUGUCCCAAGUCAGCAGUGUUUCAACAACUGAAGAACUCUUAGAAAGAACCAUCCGGUCAGCUGUAGAACAGCAUCUUUUUGAUGUUAAUAGCUCUGGGGGUCAAAGUUCAGAGGACUCUGAAUCUGGACCAUCCUCCUCGUCUUCCAGCACCUCCACCAGGCAGUGGCGACGACCGUCCAAGGAGCAGGAUGAAGGUCGAUGUGGUAGAGACAAGGGGCUUAUCAACAAAGAAAAUAUUCUUUCUGGAUUCAACAACCUUGAUGAUUGUAUUUUGAACACUCAAGAAGUCGAAAAAUUACAUGAUAGUAAUUCUGGCUCUGUCGGAGACAGGAGCAAACCCAAACGUCAGAAAUCCAGUACUAAACUUUCUGAGUUCAACGAAAAUCAAGAUGGUAUUGUGAUUAUGGAAAGUUUGAAUUCCACACAGUCUCAGGAGAAAACUGGACCUGGUGACAUUGAACGGACUUCUGAUGUAAGCAAAGAAAAUGAGAAAGAUGGUGAAUAUACCCAGCAUUGUGAGAGCCCCACGAUGAAGAUUCAGGAGCAUCCCAGCAUCUCUGACAGCAAACAGCAGAGGAAUCAAGAUGCCGGUGACCAGCAGGAGAGCUUUGUCUCCGAAGCGCCACACUUGGACCUGACUGAACUGUGUGAUAAGAAGAGCUGGGAAGAGCCCACCCCUGCUUUCUCCUCCUGGCAGAGGGAGACCGUGGAGGCUGACGAAGCCCACCUCUCCCCGCAGGCCGGACGCCUGAUUCGCCAGCUGCUGGAUGAAGACAGCGACCCCCUGCUCUCUCCUCGGUUCUACCCUUACGGGCAGGGCCGGCAAUACCUGGAUGACACAGAAGUGCCUCCUUCUCCCCCAAAUUCCCAUUCUUUCAUGAGGCAGCGAAGCUCCUCUCUGGGGUCCUAUGACGAUGAGCAGGAGGACCUGACACCUGCCCAGCUCACACGGAGGAUUCAGAGCCUUAAAAAGAAGAUCCGGAAGUUCGAGGAUAGAUUUGAAGAAGAGAGAAAGUACAGACCUUCCCACAGCGACAAAGCAGCCAACCCAGAGGUUCUGAAAUGGACAAAUGACCUUGCCAAAUUCCGCAAACAACUUAAAGAGUCCAAACUCAAGAUAUCUGAAGAGGAUCUAACUCCCAGGAUGCGGCAGCGAAGCAACACACUCCCCAAGAGUUUUGGUUCCCAACUUGAGAAAGAAGAUGAGAAGAAGCAAGAGCUGGUAGACAGAGCAACCGAGCCCAGCCUGGAAGCCACCCUGGAGACCAUCCAGCGGAAGCUGCAGGAGAAGCGGGCAGAGGCCAGCCGGCCCGAGGACAUUAAGGAUAUGACCAAAGACCAAAUUGCUAACGAGAAAGUGGCCCUGCAGAAGGCCCUGUUAUAUUAUGAAAGCAUUCAUGGACGGCCGGUAACAAAGAAUGAGCGUCAGGUUAUGAAGCCACUGUAUGACAGGUACCGGCUGGUUAAACAGAUCCUGUCCCGAGCCAACACCAUCCCCAUCAUGGGUUCCCCCUCCAGCAAGCGGAGAAGCCCUUUGCUGCAGCCAAUUAUCGAGGGUGAAACUGCUUCCUUCUUCAAGGAGAUAAAGGAAGAAGAGGAGGGGUCAGAAGAUGACAGCAGCAUGAAGCCAGACUUCGAGGUCACUCUCAAAAUGGACUUCAGUGCACGUUGCUUUCUGGACCAACUUGAAGAUGAUGCUGAUGGUUUUAUUUCCCCAAUGGAUGAUGAAAUACCAUCAAAAGGCAGCCAGGACACAGGGCUCUCGAAUCUCCACGCCGCUCCAAUACCUGAACUCUUGGAACACCUUCAGGAAAUGAGAGAAGAAAAGAAGAGGAUUCGAAAGAAACUUCGCGAUUUUGAAGACAAUUUUUUCAGACAGAAUGGAAGAAAUGUCCAGAAAGAAGACCGUGCUCCUAUGGCUGAAGAGUACAGUGAAUACAAACAUAUAAAAGCCAAGUUGAGGCUCCUGGAGGUGCUCAUCAGCAAGAGAGACACCGAUUCCAAGUCCAUGUAAGGGGCAGCCCCUGGCCGAGCGCAGGGGCUGUGCAGGUGCAGGGAGAAUCCUCUCCCCGAGGGAAGAGCAGCUCUGAAGGCAGCCCUGGCACUGGACUUGCGAAGCAGGCAGCCCUCCUGCCCCUUGGCCGUUGGGAUCAGCUCCUGUGUCCAUUGCCUGCCUCAAAAGCUGGCUAGAUGGAAGCUGAUGAUGCGGCCUGACUUAGGACAUUUGUAAUGGGAAAGUGAAGACUCCUGUGUGCAUAUGCACACGUGCGCACACUCUGGGUGGGGGGGAGCUUCCAACACGAGCAGAGAAGAAUCACUACAUUAGACACGCUCCCCCACAGAGAAUAUUCACUGUUCUUCCCAGAUAACUGACAAACACGAGGCCAUUCUCUGUCUAACUGUGAUGAAAACAAGCUCAGGACUUUGUCGAGCAAACUUCCCACGGAGCUCCGUGUCCUCCUGGGACCCGUUUAGUGUGAACACGCAUUCGAGCCCUGUGUGCUGCCUCGGCCCUUCUGGUGACCUUCAGCAGAGUUGCACCCUUCCCACUCGUGUGAAUUGCUUCUCCUCAGCUCUCAGGUGGAUGGGAGCUGCGUCUGCCCACAGUCCUCCUCCUUUGGGGGUGCAUUUCUGGACUCCCUCAGCUACGAAGCAGUUGUGAUCCCUGACUAGGACUGGAUCAUCUGCAGAGGACAGAGGGACUGCAGCAGCAGCCAUCUUGAUGUCAUUUUCUAAAUCAGGUGAUAGGGUGAAGAGCCUGGAGAUUCUUUCCUGAGCACUGACUGCGUUUUAACAUCAAACACUAAGCAAGGCCAGCGUGUGUCAUGCAGCCUGCCUGCAGCGUGGCUUUGUUGCAGUACUAGCCAAUCGCCAAGGGUCUUGCUUAAUUCUUAGCCCUGGUGUAAUGGCUCACGGGAGCCAGGGAGCACAUGCUCUCAGCCUCCUGAGUACUACCAGACUUUAAUUUCUUUAAAGAGUAAUCCUGCACUAAAACCCCCACACUGAUGGUUAAUGUAGCACUCACAGCUCAGCCCAAGACAGAAUCUAAAUCAUACCAUAUUCAAGAUUAUGUUUAAAAAAAAUAUAUUGGUGUGUGGCCAAUUACAAUUUUUUCAGACUGUCACAAAGCUGUCUAUAUUAGACAUUUUGGAUGGACCAGGGAAUUUAAGAUGCCAAAUCAUUCAUCUCUUCCGUGUGCUUGAUGUCACUUUGUCAUUCAUUGUUACUUCUUACCAUUCUAUGUGUGCACCGAGGAAAGUGGGUUCUGGGUCCACCUUGGCGCUGUGUGAGGUCCAGCAUAGGCGACGCUCACCUGCCGAGUGACGGGGGGGGAGCUGCAGCAGGCCCUGCCUUUGGAAGACAAUGUUGCAGGAUGAACAAGAAACCGGGGAUGCCUCCUGUAUGUUUUGAGAGUUGCUGUCUUAAAGGGUGCAUUUUUGCUUUGUUUUAAUAAAAAGAAGAAAAAAAGCAUAAAACUGUAGUGACCAGUUGUCAGUUUUAAAAAGGGGGCUUGAGAAACUGGCUGGUCUGACUAAAUUUACAGCAACAUUUUCCGUUGCUGAAGCGAGGUAGGAGCUUUUCCUUUGUCAGUUGAGAACUGUUUUAAGUCAAGAAGUUGGGAAUGGGGGAAAGAAUGCCUUUAAGUUUGCUCUUAAAAAUAAUCUAUAGAAGCAUGAGAAUGUGUUGAAAAUGCCCUGGUUUGAAUCCACACACUUAAAGACGGUACAUAAUCAAAGCCCUACAAAUCUAAAUGUACAUAAUAUAGUUUGGAAAUCUUUGCUGUACUGUUUACAUUGCAGAUUGCUAUAAUUUCAAGGAGUGAUAUUAUAAAUAAAAUGAUGCACUUUAGGACACUUGGUUUUUGAAAUCUGAACAUCAAUCAUUCACAUGACCAAAAAUUGUGUUUUUGAAAAGAAAUACAUGUCUGGUCUGUCCUUUUAAAAUAAUUGUUCUCUGAAAUAAGCUAUGCUAUAUAUCAAAUCAUUACCGUUUAACUUUCAAAGCACAUCUGUUUAAGAGUAUUGUUUUGGAAACAUAUACUACACAAUUUUUUUAAAGCUACACAUAAAUAAGAAGCUACUAAAUGUUUUGAAAUCUGUUGUUUCUACCAAAGGUAAAUUGAGAUUCAGGAAUCCCCAUUCACAUUUGUAUGAUUCAAUAAAAGAGAACACCAAGUCAUAGUAAAAUAAAUUUUGUAUGGAAUGUUA